AUGGGAAAGUUGUUUAGGAAGAUCGGAGAGGAAAACAAGCCGAUAAAUAGUUUAGAACUAGUUGCAUCUUUGAGUGUGGAAGGUGUUAACCUUGAUACCAAAGUUUUGUGUGUCUCAAGGGUUUCGAAGGGGAUUGAAGUUCGAGCAAGUAUGCCAAAGUUGUAUGUAUCAAAAGGUUUUUCAUUAACACAACAGGACCAAAAUUGCUUGGCAAAGUUGAAAGGACCUAUCUUUGUUAAGCCUGUCCAACAACUUCCGGUAACUGAUUCAAAGGCUGUCCCUUGGAACUAUAACAAAAUCGCUGUGGUUUACCGAGGAAAGGAGAUUUUUGAAGAGGUUGAUGAAGCAGGAGGGCUGACACGCUCUGGAAGAUGUUAUUCUCCAGAAGAAAUAAGAAAAGGGAAGAUGACUCAAAACAUCCAAGUACCACUGAAGAAAACAGUUACUGAGGAAGAAGCAGAAGAGUUUCUAAAUAAGAUAAAGGUUCCAGAUUACUCUGUUAUGGAACUAUUGAAGAAAACCCCAACACAAAUUUCAUUGUUGUCUCUACUCUUGCACUCAGAAGAACAUCGUCGUGUGUUGAAUAAGAUUUUGAAUGAAGCACAUGUAUCGAAGGAGACCAUGGUAAAUCAGUUAGAGAAAAUGGCCAAGCGCAUCUUUGAGUCAAACACCAUUACUUUCACUGAUUAUGAGUUGCCCACAGAGGGAGCUGGACACAACAGAGCAUUGUUUCUUACGAUCAAAUGUGAAGGGUACUAUGUAAAGAGGGUCAUGAUAGAUGGGGGAUCCGGGGUAGACAUAUGUCCUCUCUCUACGCUGCAAAACUUGAAAAUUAGCCUUGACAAAAUUCGCCCCAGCAAUAUAUUUGUUCGAGCUUAUGACGGCUCAAGGCGGGAUACCAUUGGUGAAAUCAAGUUAAACAUGACAAUUGGACCGGUGGACUUUAUGAUUGUGUUCCAAGAAAUCAUUGUGCAUGGGGAAGAUGAUUUACCUAUUUACAGAGAUCCCUUCAUUCCAUACAUUGAGGCAAAAGAAGGAUGUUUGGGACUAUGUUCGCAAGGAAUUGUGGAUCCCAUUACUCUUUUAGGAAACCAAGGCACCUCUGGCCUCGGAUACAAACAAAGCAAGAGAAAUGGAGAUGAGACUAAGAACCACAAAAGGACUGAUUGGGCAUUGCCACAACCAAUUCCCCAUAUUUAUCAUUCCUUUAUCAAGCCUCAGGUUCCAGAAAUGGAAGCUUCCUUUACUCAUGAAGACAUUGAAGAAUUUAUUCAGGAUCUCAGUCAGUUUUCUGUAAAUGUCGGCUUUGAUAACAUGACAUGCAUGCGGAAUUCACUCCCAGAUCUCAAAGAGUUGUUUAUUCUUGAAUCCCCGAGUCGAGAGGUUGAAUAUGAUGAAGAAGAGGCUUUUAGGGAAAUUAAUAGGGAUUUGGAACAAUUUGAGCAAAAACCUAAGCCUAAUCUUAGUGAAACUGAGGCCAUAAAUUUGGGAUGUAAUGAGGAAGUCAAAGAAAUAAAAAUAAGUCUUCAUGUCAAGAAGGAAACUAGGGAUGCCAUAAUACAACUUUUGUUUGAAUACAAAGAUGUGUUUGCUUGGUCCUAUGAUGACAUGCCACGUUUGAGUGUUGAUUUAGUGGUCCAUAAGUUGCCCACUCAUCCUGAUUUUCCACCCGUCCAACAAAAAAGAAAAAAAUUCAAUCCGGACGUGAGUGAAAAAAUCAAGGAAGAAAUCAUUAAACAAAUAAAUGCAAAUGUGAUCCAAACCAUUCGUUACACUACUUGGUUGGCAAAUGUUGUUCCUAUGCUGAAAAAGGAUGGAAAGACAAGAGUUUGUGUUGACUAUCGGGAUUUGAACAAAGCUAGUCCAAAAGACAUUUUUCCCUUAACUAAUAUCCACAUUCUGGUGGAUAAUUGUGCUAGACACGAAAUUCAAUCAUUUGUGGACUGCUGUGCAGGGUAUCAUCAAAUCUUGAUGGACGAAAAGGACGCUGAGAAAACUGCUUUCACCACUCCAUGGGGGACUUAUUGCUAUAGGGUCAUGCCAUUCGGUCUUAAAAAUGUUGGGGAAACUUACAUGAGGGCUAUGACCACCAUGUUUCAUGAUAUGAUGCAUAAAGAAAUCGAAGUAUACGUCGAUGACGUAAUCAUCAAGUCUAAAACACAAGAUGACCAUGUGCAAGAUCUGAGAAAAUUCUUCGAAAGAGUGCGAAGAUACGAUCUCAAGCUUAAUCCAGCAAAAUGUGCAUUUGGAGUUCCAUUUGGAAAACUUCUGGGUUUUAUUGUCAGUAGAAGGGGAAUCUAA